AUGCAGAUUUUCGUCAAGACCCUCACCGGCAAGACCAUCACCCUUGAGGUCGAAUCCAGCGAUACCAUCGACAACGUGAAGUCCAAGAUCCAGGACAAGGAAGGCAUUCCCCCCGAUCAACAGCGCCUCAUCUUCGCUGGUAAGCAGCUUGAAGAUGGCCGCACUCUGAGCGACUACAACAUUCAGAAGGAGUCGACCUUGCACUUGGUUCUUCGUCUUCGUGGCGGUAUGCAAAUCUUUGUCAAGACCCUCACCGGCAAGACCAUCACCCUUGAGGUCGAAUCUUCAGACACCAUCGACAACGUGAAGUCCAAGAUUCAGGAUAAGGAGGGCAUUCCUCCUGACCAACAACGUCUGAUCUUCGCCGGCAAGCAACUCGAAGACGGCCGCACCCUCUCCGACUACAACAUCCAGAAAGAAUCCACUCUCCACCUUGUUCUCCGUCUCCGUGGUGGUAUGCAGAUCUUCGUCAAGACCCUUACGGGCAAAACUAUCACACUCGAAGUUGAAUCCUCAGACACAAUCGACAACGUAAAGAGCAAGAUUCAAGACAAAGAAGGCAUCCCACCCGACCAACAACGAUUGAUCUUUGCAGGAAAGCAAUUGGAAGAUGGCAGAACUCUCUCAGAUUACAACAUCCAAAAAGAAUCCACGCUACAUCUCGUCUUGAGACUGCGAGGUGGCAUGCAGAUCUUUGUCAAGACUCUGACGGGCAAGACGAUUACUUUGGAAGUCGAGUCAUCUGAUACCAUUGACAACGUCAAAUCGAAGAUCCAAGACAAGGAGGGUAUCCCCCCGGAUCAACAGCGAUUGAUCUUUGCAGGCAAGCAGUUGGAGGAUGGCCGUACCCUGUCUGACUACAACAUCCAAAAGGAAAGCACUCUCCAUUUGGUGUUGAGACUUCGUGGCGGCCUGUAGAGAACGAGUUGUCUACUGAUUCUCCACACACUUCGAUAUGAGUCACGGGCGUUUUCUUGGGGAUGGGUCUGCAUGGCAUUGCAUGAGCCCUUUUAUGACACGACAUUUUGCUAGCAAUGCAUGAUUGAUAGGACUGGCCUCAAGUGCCAAGCAUGAGAAGUAGAAUUGCAGAAUAUCAGACAUCACAAUUGCUUCUCACCAGAA